AUGUCUGAAAGGUCUGAUUACUUCAGCCGAGAUCCUAUGAAAUGGAGCAUUACUGAAUUUCUAAACGAAAGCGAGCUAGAGCCGUUUGAAGCAAAAAUUGAUUCUUACAUAAAAAGACUCAAACAAAUCAUUAGUAGUGAUUGUGAGCAAGAUGACAGGAAGAAAAGAGCUCAGCUUCUGCUCGAUAGAUAUCAAAAGGCGAGUAAAAAUCUCUUUUCAUUUAGAGUGUGGGAUAAA